GAGUUGGGCACAGUUGUCUACCGUCACUGAGUGGUAGAGUACAGCGGUUAAUUUCUUCUUCAAGGGCUUUGGCAAAAGUUUUUGUAAAUUAAAAUGAAGACGUUUCUCAUACUACUAAGCUGCCUUGCGUGCUGCGCCACAGCGGGACGUUUGGGUUUGACCCAAAAACUCUCAUUGCUCGGCACUGUACGUCAAGGACAACAGGCUAAGUCACUUUAUGAAGGCUACACACCUCGGAGUGCGAGUGAACGUCAACAAUUCCUACUCGAUGUCCUGCUUCAGGUUCAGAAGCCCUUGGUGAACACACAGCUCAUUCAACUUGGUCAGGAGCUCGUAACCGACCCUAGUAUGUAUGUGUUGCCAAACGACGAAAUUUUGCAGGAGUUUUUGAAUCAGGCUGGCAAUCAGGAAAUUUUAGGUCGCAACGACAUCUACAGCCCAGCCGACAUUUCAAAUAUCCGUCAGUUGGUAGGACUUCAACGUUUCUUUGUGCUUGCCCGAGAUUUCUAUGUAUUCCAAAAAAAUGUUGUUUAUGCGCGUCUCUAUUUCAACGCCGUCAUUUUUGUGGACGCCUUGUCUCUAGCGAUACGUGAUCGCCCAGAUACACAGGAUCUUGUGAUGCCUCCAAUGAACGAGAUUUUGCCACAGCUGUACUACGACAACUAUGUACUCAAUUCGGCACAAAAUGUUGACUACAGAAAUUUGAUUUAUCAAGCCACUCGUACAAAUGCAAAAGCUAGUUUAUUCGAUUACUUUGGUCUAGGUAAAAUAAGUUCGUUACUCCAAGGUGGUAAAUACGGUUUGUUCAAUCCAUUGCAACAAAGACGUAUUCAAAUCGCAUAUGACCCUCAAGAUAUUGUCAUUGCGUCUUCGAAUCAACGUGUAAACUAUAGGGAAAGUCACCCUGACUAUUUUGGCGAUAGGAAUGAAAUACCGGUAGAAAUUGCAUUGCCUGUAGGUGAACAAAAUGGACUCGCCACUGACUUAACGAAUGACAUUGACCUUAAUGUUGCCCUGAAAAAUGUUAUUAUCGAUCAGUUGACACAAACAGUUACCGAAGCAAUUGAAGGAGGCCAACAAAUCGGUGAUAUAGGCAAAUAUCAACAGUACCACCAACAAGGACAGUACUAUAAGCAAGGACCUUACUACCAGAAAGGACAGUACCAUCAGCAGGGACCGUACUACAAUAAGGGACCAUACUACCAGCAAGGUCAGUACUAUAAGCAGGGAUCGUACCAUCAGCAAGGAGUGUACAACAAACAGGGACCGUAUUACAAGCAAGAAUCGUAUUAUCAGCAAGGACCGUACUAUCAGCAAGAAUCGCACUACAAGCAAGAACCGUACCACCGUAAAGGACAGUAUUAUCAACAGGAGGAUCGACAAACCGGCCGUUAUAGCAAUGCCAAUGAAGAAGCUUCUCGGGUUCGCCGCGACCAACAGAGCAUAUAUGAUGAGGAAUCAUAUAGCCAAUAUUUGGAGAGGCAAGAAGGUUCGCCAAAGCAGAGCGUAGUAAACACCAAUGAAUUACCCAAGGUUGAUGCAACCAGCGAACGUCUACUCGGUGUCGGUCGUAGACAUCGUGUGAACGCCGCUAACAGUGGAUACUCAUAUAACGUAUACCCGUUCUAUCGCCAACAAAAUCAAUAUGGCAACAAUGAUCGGGAAUACGGCUCAUCAUUAUAUGGCCGGCAACAAAACCAAGACGCUGAAUACGAUUACUAUGAACAAAAAUAUGGAUCAUCUUACCCCUACGGCCAUGAACGAAAACAGGAAAAUCAAUAUGGUUAUAGCAAUCAGGAAUACCCUUACGGUCGUUAUCAAAAGCAGGGAGCCCAGUAUGGUUACAACGAUCAGAAAUAUGGUUCAUCUUAUUCAAUCAAUCAAGGAGCUCAAUAUGGCAACAAAGACCAGAAAUACGGUUCUUCUUACCUUUGCGGCGGUCGAAAACAUCAAGGACAUCAAUAUGGUUAUGGCACUCAAAGUCAACAGCAAACAUAUCCUUAUGACCAGCAAAAUGUUGCAAACGUGGAAGAAAUGAUCAUGAAUAAUGAUGACGAAAAUGUGGUCAUAUCUCGUGAGGUGCGCGAUACCCACAACCAUGGAGAAGGUAGCAAGCGAAAUCGCAGCGUCGACCGAAAAAAUAAAAAUUAUCACUACACAGAGCAGUACCGCGAAUUGGAAGGUUUGCGCAGUGAAAUUGUACGCAAUAUUGCCGUUACACAACAGCUGAGCUACUCCCGACGCGGUGAAAUAUUGCUUCAGACCAUACAGGAGUUGGCUGCCAGGUUGAACAUGCAGAAAAUCGUUGAGAAUAUUGAAGGUGCUGGUUACCAGCAACAGCAAUAUCUACAGGUGCAGCAGGAAAUCGACCAAAUUACGCAGCAAUUACGAAAGCUCAUUGAUCAAGUGCGUCAAGAGGCGAACAUAAGCGAGACAAGUGAAGAAACUCUCUACAUCGUGGCCAGUAUUAUUAAUGGUAAAAUAAUUCUCGAACAGCAGCAACUUUCGAUUGAAGCUCAACGCAUCUUGCAAGAUUUGCAGCAAAAAAUAAAGCGCAUUGCCGAAGUUGAAGUUGGUCAAGUAGAUGAGGUGAUUCCGCUCGCCCUGCUGGCCGGUAAAUUACACAGUCCCGUUACUCAACAGACGAUUCUCUCGCUUGCACAGCUUAUCGAUGAAUACCGUCAGCAAUUGCAACCAUACACCCAGAACCAACUGAGUGGUGACGGCGACAUUGUUGUGCAAAAAGUUCUGAUCGAUCCUUUGGUCACCUACACUGAGUUUGCCGAUGCGGACCUUGCCAAUCUAAUCGAUCAACAAAUUUUGCAAUCAAACACCAACAAUCUGGAGCGUCUUAGCAUGAAGGUCGUGGCACGUCAGCAGCGUUUGAAUUACGAACCCUUCACCAUUUCAAUCGACAUCCAAUCACAACGUCCCCAAGAAGUCGAUAUUCGCAUUUUGCUUGGCCCACAAAUCGAUUACAAUGGCCGUCGUGUAUCUUUGGCUGAACACCGCCAGAACUUCAUUGUAAUUGAUGCUUUUGUACAAAAAUUGCAGGGCGGAGAUAACCAAAUCCGGCGCUCCUCACAAGAAUUUAACGGAUACAGCAACGACGUUUCAACCAUGAGUCAGAUUUACCAUCAUGUAAUGACAGGACAUAAACAACAAUAUGGCAAGCAACAAUAUGGCACCAUCCGUCAGCUGCCCGAACAUCUUCUGUUACCCCGUGGAACUACUGUUAAGGGAGGCUUGCCCGUGCAGAUAAUGGUUGUAGUGACUCCACUGAGUCAACAAGAUGACUUCUUGCAGGGAGAGAGUGUAAACACGAAGCAAAUCAGUGGUUUUGGAAUCGCGGGCGUCGAUUUAGAUCAAUUACCUUUGGGCUACCCAUUAGACAGACAAAUUAUCGGCGGUCAGAGCUUAAAUGUUCCGAACAUUCUGACAACUGAAACUGUGAUUCACUACGACAGCCGAAUUCGCGAUUGAAAUUGGCCCACUCAGCUGGAAACUGCAAGAUAAAAACAAUUUUUUAUACCGACAAACUAAAACACUUUGAAAUUUAAAAUGAAAUAUUUUUAAUAUUAAAAUUAUAUGCAAUUGUUAAAAUUGGUUUCUCACAGUACAUAAAUAAACAAUAUUUUGAUUUCCAAAACGAA